UCAAGUCUCAAGACUCUCAACACGCCUAUAACUUGCUCUCUUAAAAGUUGAAACCCUCGACCGCACUGCUCAUAGAUAAGGAGCCACUAUUUUUAUUGUCUGCGGGCGGGUUUUUUCUAAGCCUGCCUGUUUUUUUUUUCUCUUCACUGAAGCCUGAAGAUCUUGGGUUGAUUCUGAUUUGAUAUACUUUCGAUCCUUGUCUACUGUUGUUCUCCCAACCGGGUUCCUUCCCUUUUUCACUGUUACUUCGCUUCAAAUGGAUUUGCAGAUAGUGGAAGCUUGAUAAUAUGUUUUUUGGGUGAUUCCCUAGCAUGACAAGAUGCUUUCUUUAAGAAACUUCUGGAGAAGGCAUAGGAGGAAGAUUCUGGUUACAGCUGGUGUUGUUGGAGGUGGGUACUUCCUGUAUAAACUAUACAGUGAUUAUGGCCGUAGGGUUGCUGAUCUUGAGAAACAGCUGGAGCGUCAAAGGAUAAAUGAUGAACUCAUUAAGGCCCAACUGCAAGCUCAUUUCGAAAACGUACAAAGGAUAGCUGAGACCGCUACAUUGCCUCAUGCAAUACACUAUUUGAGUAGUCGGAUAGAGGAAGAAUUGAACCUUUCAAAUCUUACUGAGAGGUUACUGCAAGGGAAGGGUCAACCAAAUACAUUGUCAUCUUCUGAGAAACUGGAGCUAUGGGAGAGACUCAAAAUAUUGAGUUUCACAAGAAUGGUGGUGUCACUAUGGGCAGUGACAAUGCUUAGCUUAUAUGUAAGAAUUCAAGUUAACAUUCUUGGAAGACAUAUAUAUAUUGAUACUGCACGUGGUCUUGGAAGCUCUUAUUCACUUGAGGAUGCUGAUUUCAUUGACAGGGACAGUGAGCAAAAUUUUUUGGCCAGUGCUGAUUUUCUAGCUAGUAGUGGCGUACCGUUAUUCAUUUCUAAUAUGCAGGCCGUGGUGGCUGAAGUUCUCAAGGAAAAACAGUUGAGGGAUGUCAUCAACACUACUGGGCUUCAUGAGACUGUCUCCCAGAUACUUGACAUUUUCAUGAGCGCUGGAAGUCCCCAUCACUGGAUAGAAUACUUGAUGCCUGAGGAUGCUAGGUUUUCCAAACUAGCAAAAACUCCAAGCAAUGACGACACAGUUCCUUCUGAUUUGACCAAAUUCGAUCAACUCAUGACGGAGACCCGGGAUGUAUUAUCCAGCGCCGAGUUUGGAGAUAUUGUUGAGAUAUCACUUAAAGCAGUUGUGGGUGCACUGAUGGAGGAUAUCGCGGUUCAAUCUGGAGACAGCCUAACAUCUGGGAUGCCCCUGGCAAGGCUUCUGCCAAGGGUUAUACAGGUGGCUCCAUCAUUGGUUGAUGAGCCAAGAAAAAGCCGGUUCAUCCAGAUCAUCCAAACCGUACCCGACGUUGAACUUUUCUUCACUCUCCUCUAUGCAAAUGCUCCAAAUCCGUAGACUAGGAACCCUGCUUUGUUGCCUCAUUGAUAUUUCCAGUUCACAGGAAGUGUAAAACAGAAUUUGAAUGGCAGUAGGUUUAGGGUUUGCAAGUUCCUGUUUUUAUUGUUUUCUUGAUGACUAAAUUGUAAUAAUAUAGUAUUCCCCCUUUUACUCCUAUGAAAAGGAUCAGAAAAUGGAGGAUUCAUCUGCUAAUUUUUACCAUGGUGAAUCCUCUUGUUUUUGCUUCAACCCAAACUGAAAUGUGGAGGAACCAUAUGAAUUGAUUAUA